AUGAAUAUUUCCGUCUAUGGCGAUGGCUCGAACAUAUCAGAAGUACUCCAGCCGCUCUGUGUCGCCCACAAUCAAAGUACUUUCCCGCCUCUGCGACUAGAAUCCAAGUCCUUGGUCACUUCAGCCACUAUGUUCGCGGUUGGAGUCCUGGGGAACCUCAUAGCUAUUGUUGUGUUGUGCGUUUCAAAGAAAGAACAAAAGGAGACUACUUUUUACACCUUGGUCGUUGGAAUGGCUAUCACUGACCUGUUGGGCACCUGUUUCACCAGCCCGGUGGUUAUAGCCACCUACAUAUUCCAAAGAUGGCCUGGUGGAGGACUACUGUGCGAUUUCUUCUCAUUCUCUAUGCUCUUUUUCGGCUCGGCUGGAAUGUCUAUCCUAUGUGCUAUGGCAGUUGAACGUUACCUGGCCAUAAACCACGCGUAUUUCUACUCACAAUACGUUGACCGGACGAUGGCGCGUUUUGCGCUUAUGGGCAUCUACCUGGCCAACAUCGUGUUGUGCAUCAUGCCCAGCUUUGGUUUCGGAAAGCAUGUGCGCUACUUCCCCGGAACUUGGUGUUUCUUAGAAUGGAGGGCGACGGAUCUCCUAAGCGCCUCUUACUCUUUUCUGUACGGCGGAGUCAUGUUGACGUUGAUCGCUGCGACAGUUGGGUGCAACUUCGCGGUGUGUCGGUCGCUUGUGCUGAUGAGCCAGAAGACGCGGAUAGUAAGAGCGAAGGUGUCGGUCCAAGGAGGCUCACGGCGCGGCUUCCUGCCAUCAGUCACCUGCCCGUCUGCGGCGGAGACUCAGAUGUUUUGGCUGAUGAUAUUCAUGACCAUUGUUUUCCUGGUGUGCUCUAUUCCUUUAGUGGUGCGCAUCUUUGUUAAUCAGAUGUUUGGUCCUGCCUACAUCUGUGCGGGGGGCCAACCGGAUUACCGCAGUGAUCUGAUGGCUAUCCGUUUCGCCUCUUUCAACCCCAUUCUGGACCCAUGGGUCUACAUCCUCUGUCGAAAGAACCUGUUGGUCAAGGGCUGUGCGCGGAUGAAGAAUACAGUUGGUCGAGUCAAGGCGUGCCGCAAUUUAGGCUGGGUCGGCGCAAGCAGUCAACAUUCACCCCCAUCGUUUGAACACAGCAACGAGACUAGUUACGCGUCUUUACGCACGACCAACCACAGAAACGACUUGGAGCACCAAGUCGUGACUGAAAGUAAAUCGUUUACAGACUACACCGUGCGACAGGCGUGGGACUUUGACACUGCCCAUGAAAACUUUCAUCCGUUUAGCGUUCCCCAGACUAGUGUACUAGGGUUUGAGGCAGAGGUUCCCGCCGUGCCCAAAUCGUCUAUGAUGUUGUCUCCAGUCGGACGAAACGAGAUGAUUCCAGCGAUUUGCGCACAAGCAGAUCUACACACCCAUGUCAGUAAAGUGGAUAUAGUCACUUGUACCUUUAGCACACCUAGUUCCUGUAAGUCGGAGAAGUGCCUCUGA